AUGGGAAAGCCUAAAGACUACGGACCAAUCCUCAACGGAGUGAUGUGGUUCCAAGUGAUCAUCUCGUCCGUCUUUGUCGUGCUGCGUAUAUACACUCGAUACUAUAUCAUAAGAAGCCUGGGAUGGGACGAUCUCAUGAUGGUGGUUAACCUGGCGACAUUCAUCGCUUUCAUCGCCACCACUUCGGUUGGCAUUACCUAUGGCGUCGGUAAGAAGACCGAAGACAUUAUACGUCUUGGACUGGACAAUUCGAAAGCUAUCUAUUGGGAAGCCAUCGGCCAGGGAAUUUGUAUUAUGGGUAUUGCUGCAUCCAAGGCCUCAGUUGCGCUUUUCUUAUUACGCAUUGUUUUACGGCGAUGGCACAUCGCCCUCCUCUGGAGCGUAAUCAUCAGCACAACAAUUUUCAGCACCAUCACGACCGCACUGCUGUUCCUGCAGUGCAAGCCAGUAUCAUUCCUGUGGGACCAAACAAUCCCAGGCGGUCACUGUCCCAUAAACUUCACCGACGUCGGCCUCUCCAUGGGUGCCUGGUCCGCAACCAUGGACUUUGUCCUCGCCAUCCUCCCCUGGCCCGUCGUCAUGGGCCUCAACAUGAAGCGCAAAGAAAAAAUCACCAUCGCCUGCGGUCUCUCGCUCGGCGUCGUCGCAGGCGCAUGCUCCACCGUGCGCACCGUCGAGCUGCGCACGCUCGCCAGCCAGGCAAACUACGUCUACGACACAUCGCCCAUGCUGCUCUGGUCGUCCUCCGAAAUCUGCUUGACGAUAAUAUGCGCUUGCAUCCCCGUUCUCCGGCCCCUGUACGUGCGAAUCGCCUACGGCAGCCGAGGAGACUCGAGUGGCGCGAGUCGAGGGCGGAGUUAUCCGCUCAACGAGUACACACAGAGCCACAGUAAGAAGGGCAGUAUUGGGAAUAAAUACUUCAGGAAGAAGGGCAGCGCGCGGAGUCGCGUGUAUAUGGGCCCUGGGGCUAGCGCGUUACAGACGGCGGUUAAGAUGGACAGUGACAAUGUGAGUGAGGAGACGAUACUGAGGGAGUGCCAUAAGUAUAGUGUGCCGGACAGGGCGGGCGAUGAGGAGAUGGGGACGUCCAGGCCGGAGAGGAAGAAUGAUAUUAGGGUCACAACGACGGUUGAGGUGGAAGAGAAUGUUGGGGAGAAGUUCGUUGUCUGAUGGAUGGUUGUGUCGACGGAUCUGAUUCGAUCAUACGUGAGACUACGAGGACACGAGGUUGGGGCAUCGGUUGGAGUUGAGAG